GGGCAUUUACAGGACGUCACGAACAAACUAUAUAGUAUUUGUCAGCAAAAUGAGGUAGACCUACUUUAUUGUCAUGUGACAUAGAUAACUUCUGUAGGAGUAUCGGUUUCAGCAGUUCAGUCUUCUAAUCUAAUUCACACUCACCAAACUCAUCUCUGUCAAAUAUGAACCGACGGCUUCUGUUAGUGUCCAAUUCUACCCUUCACGGCGGAGGAUAUCUUCAACACUGUCAAACGCAAAUUCAAGAUUUUUUUGGAAAGCAAGUGAAGAGGAUUCUCUUCAUUCCCUAUGCAUUGCACGACCGGGAAGCCUACGCAAAAACUGCAAGAGAGAAACUCGGGAGCUUAGGUUAUGAGGUGAACAGUAUCCAUGAAGCUGCUGACCCUGUUGAUGCAGUCAGGAAGGCAGAGGGAAUAUUCAUUGGCGGUGGAAACACAUUUCGACUACUGAAAACUCUCUAUGACAACAAUUUGGUGUCUGAGAUCAGGAGGAGGGUUCUAGAGGAUGGUGUGCCAUACAUGGGAUCUAGUGCUGGAACCAACGUUGCCACCAUUAGUAUCAACACUACUAAUGACAUGCCCAUCGUCUACCCACCCACCUUUGCUGCCAUUGGACUGGUGCCUUUCAACAUCAACCCCCAUUACCUGGAUCCUGACCCCAACAGCAAGCACAUGGGGGAGACACGAGAACAGAGAAUCAUCCAGUAUCAUGAGGAGCCAAACACCCCCUGUGUGCUGGGCCUGAGAGAGGGCUCCAUGCUCCUUGUGGAGGGAAACAAAGCCACACUAUUAGGCAGCACCAAGGCACGGCUAUUCCAAAGGGGGAAACAAAGCUCUGAGUAUGAGCCUGGAAGUGACCUGAGUUUCUUGUUGACUGAUGGACAGUGAAUAUCCAAGGCUUAGUGGCAGGAGGAAGGAUUCGGUCUAGGUCCUGUGGAAGACUUCAUUCAUUUACGGUGGAAAUUGGUUUAUCCUUUUCUUUAAUAAAGAAAAGUCGUGAGAGUUGA